UUGAAGUUGAGCAUGUUCUAUAGUCUGAAUGAUCCUGAGCUGGGAACUGUUGUUUCUCAUCAGCAUCAUCAAUGGAGAUGGUGGCAAGUGUGUGUAAAGAAGAAAGAAUGGAGUUCUAAAAACUCAGAGUCUUCUUAAUCCACCUUAAGAGAGGUCUGUGGUGCUAAGGAUGGUCAAAGUAAUCAAAAAUGAGUGAACAAUCAGAGAAAAACAAUUCCGUUCAAGAGGGACACACAGCUCAUAAUUUUCCUGAGAAGAACUGUCAAAUUGGACAGAAACAACUGCAACAAAUAGAGCGUCAGUUAAAAUGCUUGGCAUUUCAAAACCCUGGACCACAGGUAGCAGACUUUAAUCCUGAAACAAGGCAGCAGAAAAAGCAAGCCCGGAUGUCAAAGAUGAAUGAGUACUUUUCUACAACAUACAAAGUAAUGAGGAAGUACAACAAAAGUGGCAGGCUCAUCUGUAAUGACGUUGACCUGUGCGAUUGUCUAGAGAAAAACUGCCUGGGCUGCUUCUACCCAUGCCCCAAGUGUAACUCCAACAAGUGUGGGCCUGAGUGCCGCUGCAACCGACGUUGGGUUUACGAUGCCAUUGUCACUGAGUCUGGAGAGGUCAUCAGCUCACUGCCAUUUAAUGUUCCUGACUAAGUGCUCUUGCAGAUGGACUGAUUUGUUUCUUCUUACAUGUUUAAGUCGACCUCUUUCUCUUGGGUGAAUUUUAGGGCUUGGGGGAAAUAUUGAAAAAACAUACUGAAGACUCAUGUUCUGUCAAGCCCCAGAACAAUGUAGAAUGGGCAUUAGUUCUGUAACCUUCUUACCUGUGUCAGCAAUUUUCAAGUUCCUUAACUUGCAACCAAAAAAUGUGACAACUGAGGGAUCAGCAUUUCUCAUCAGCACCCUCAUCUCUACUUUGCCUUCCAAUUAAAACUCUUCCUCUUUCCUGAUAUCUGAGAAAAUGUAGCUUUAAGAGUUAACUCUAUAGCCGAGAGCUUUUCUUACACAGAACACAGAAUCUUAAAUUUAUAAUAUCUAGUUAUCCUUAGAAUCUUAUGUAUCACUAGUUGUAAACCACAAUUGCCAUUUGGAUUAAAAAAAAAAAAAAAAAAAACCCUUGUGACUUUGCACUGCAUACCCAUAGCUUCUUUAUUUUUCAUGUUUUAAUAUCAUUAAAAUGAAAUUUAAUGCUUGGCAGUAUUUGUAAUCAUUAAAAAUUUGUAUUGUAUUUGUAAGAUUGAGAAGUUAGGAAUCUCAUAUCCUAAAAGCCAGGAAUUUACAUAUUUUUGUUUUCAGGAACAGUAUUUCAGGAUUUUUUUUUCAUAGAGAGGAAACUUAAAUUCCACAAAAAUGAUUUAUGUAUGUUUGUUAAUUGAGUAUAUUGAUAAGCAAUUGACUAGAUACCUGAUAUGGUGUUUUCAAUUCUGAUACGUUGUUAGAGGUAUAAAAAAAGUUGAAUUCAGCUUUCUUUGAAGUUAUGUUUUUAUAACAGUCUUUUUUAACCCUAAGUCAGUGGCUCUCAUUCAUGAGAAUUUCCUGGAGGACUUGUCAAAACAUAGGUUUUUGGCCAGGCCAUAGCUCACGCCUGUAAUCCCAGCACUUUGGAAGGCUGAG